AUGUCGAACCUUGCACCAAGAAUAUCUCGAGCUGCCCCUUCAGUGGGAAGACUCGCCCGCGCCACGCCGCGUGUAACACCCCCAUGCGGAAUCACAGCCAGAGCAACAGGAAUAGCAGCCUGUAGGUUACCUGCUCGCCAGGAACCAGCACGGCGGUCUUUUCACAACACUACGGCCAAUGCUACCAAGGUGGACCUAACUCAGAGCAGCCCCCCAGGAAUAUUGCCUGAGUUCAGCUUAAAAGACAAGGUCAUUGUCGUCUCUGGCGGAGCACAAGGGCUGGGCCUAGUACAGACAGAAGCUCUCCUAGAAGCAGGCGCGAGAGUACACGUCUUCGACAGACAACCCCAACCUGGCGCCGGCUCAUCUUUUGAAAAAGUAGCGCGCCGAGCCAAGGAGGAACUGGGCGCCUCGCUAAGCUACCACCAAGUCGACGUCCUGGAGGAACCCGACAAACUUCACAAGAUCACCGCAGAUAUCGUCGCUAAGGAGGGACACGUCGACGGGUUGAUCGCGGCUGCUGGUAUCCAGCAGGAAACUCCGGCCUUGGAUUAUACUGCUGAGGACUCGAACCGCAUGUUAGGAGUCAACGUCACAGGCGCACUCAUGACAGCGCAAGCCGUGGCGAAACACAUGUACCAGAACGACACGCCCGGAAGCAUAGUGUUAAUUGCCAGCAUGAGCGGCACCGUAGCAAACCGCGGCCUGAUCUGCCCCGUAUACAACGCCUCCAAAGCCGCCGUAAUCCAGCUAGGCCGCAACCUAGCGAUGGAAUGGGGCGUCAAGAACAUCCGCGUGAACACCAUCUCGCCGGGCUACAUCGUGACGGAGAUGGUGCAGAAGCUGUUUGAGAAGUUCCCCGACCGCGCCAUCGAGUGGCCCAAGCAGAACAUGCUGAACAAGCUCAGCAAACCCGAGGACUACCGCGGCGCGGCUGUCUUCCUGCUCAGCGACGCCAGCCGCUUUAUGACUGGCGCGGAUCUGCGUAUUGACGGUGGGCACGCUGCUUGGUAG